UAUAUAACUUAUAUCGAUACACAAUACACAUCGAAACUGAAUUAUGUUGUAUUAACUAAUAGUUGCUAGUGACGUAAUAAAGUAAAUCGUUUUUAUUUACGAGGUUCUAAAAAUCUGAUUUAAAACUUCAAUGUAAUUUUUUAAAGUAUUUUAAUUUAUAACACCAAUAAUUAUUGUAAUAUUUGAGCAAUGGUAUUGGACUUAAAUCAAGUACCGGCCUUACCGCCCAAAAGUGUUUUUAUUAUACAUUUAAUACUUAUUACUUGGAGCGUACAAGGUCGUUGGAGUCCAGACUCUUAUCUCUUUUACAAUGUUAUAUUUAUGGGAAGUUUGCUAUGGGCAAUACACAAUACAGAAUCCGAUAAACCAGCACAGCUAGCAAUUUCAGUCAAUUUAACAGCUGCAUGUUUGGAUAUAAUAACUAUAUAUUGUUUUUUUCCAAGUUCUUUUUGGUUUUCUGAAAUAUUUAGUGUUAUUUGUGCUUUAGGAAACUUUAUAUUUCGUUUUGUUACAUUAUCACUACUCAGUCGUAUUUGUAUAGAUAGUAGUAAUGGUACAAGUGAUGGAAUUCCCCCUCCUUUGCAAAAUUAUAUUAGUAGAGGAACAUCAAAUCCCCAAUCGUAUGAAGAUAUAGAUCAGGCUCCACCGCAACAAACUCAAAAUAAUGCCCCAUUUUUUACACCAUACCGGUAAAAUGUAUAAAGUUAUUUUCUUAUAAUAUAUAUUAAACAUCAUUCAUAUUGUUAACGAGGUUAAAUUCUUACUUUUCUAUGUUAUUUAAAUAAUUAUUAAUUUUACUAUUUAAUAUUUAUUGAGAUUGAUUAAAUUAUUUAUUAUUAAUUUCUUAUUAAAAUAUAUUGUUUUUUAUUGUUGAAAAUUUUAUUUUUGAUAUUAACAGGAAAAAAUAUUUAAGUGUACAUGUUAUAAAAAUAUAAACGUUAUUAUAAUUAUACUAUUA